AUGAUGAGACGUGGGAAUUACAAGAACCCGUGUUUGACCAUGCAUCAGCCAUGGGCUUCGCUUCUGGUCCAUGGCAUCAAGCGCAUCGAAGGCAGGUCCUGGCCUUCUCCCAUUCGAGGUCGUUUAUGGAUUCAUGCUGCUAGUAAAGUCCCUGAUGAAGCCACAAUCAAAGCAAUGGAAGAGUUUUACAGAGAAAUUUAUGCUGUCGAUGGGAUCACAGAUAUUCAAUUUCCCCAACAUUACCCAGUUUCAAGACUUAUAGGAUGUGUUGAGGUUGUUGGCUGUGUCAGCUGUGAUGAACUUCAGAACUGGGAGGCUUUACCUCAAGGAGUGAGGCUUGAAGGACAAACUGAUUUUUGUUGGCUAUGUGAGCAACCACAGAAAUUGAUUAUUCCAUUUGAGAUGCGCGGGUACCAGGGCGUUUAUAACUUAGAAAACAAGAUUCAUGUGGCAGCAGCUAGAGGCCUUACACCUUCUCAAAACCCUUUUGCGGUGAAAUUCCCUCUUCCAGACCCAAAAGACCCUGUCUCUUUAAACCCCGGUUCUAUUUCCUGUACAACACAAGAGAAGAAAAACCUUGAGACAGAACAAGUUACCAGUCUCACAGCCGCAAUCGCUGGUGCACGAGCAGCGGCUACACAAUUUUCGAAGAAGGGAGAAAGUCCCCAAACAAAUAGUAUUGGUGAUCGUAUAACAAGAAGCAAGAGCAAAGCCAUUGAAGAGGAUGCAGAAUCCCUAGGUAAGCCGGUUCAUGGUUCCGAGGGAACUUCUGGUAUAGAAGCAGCAGCUGAUACAACAGGAAGCAAGAACAAACGCACAGAGAUGGGAGAAGAAAGAUGCAGUGGAAGCAGCAGAGUGGAAGAUGAUACAAAAUUGACAGUGAACUACAAUGAUGAAUCUGAUAAAAGUAUAGCCCAAAAGAGAGAGGACAGGAAUAGAAGUAUUGGUGAAAGAAGGUUUGAUCCAGGGUCUGCCUGGAUUAUGGCCGCUGCAAUUAGGAACUUGAAGCCAUCGUCUUGA